UCAUGCUCUGACAGUUGUGUAAGUUGAUACUUGAUUCGUUGUGCAUUGUAUGAUUGCUUGAUCACCUUUUCAUUUAAAAGGUGUUUGUGUUUAAAUAACUUAAAUACAAUGUUUCAGAAAUAUUACUAUAGCCUUAUUUAUUGUAAUUAAUGAUAUAAUCCUUGUUAGUUCAACAUAUACGUUAUCGUUGGUAAGGGUAGAAUUUGCCGAACUGCGCUCAAUGUUUUGGGCAAAUAUUAUGUAAAAUUAAGUAAAAGGAAAUAACAAUGGCAAAUUCAGUGAACAUAUCAAUAGAAGCCCCAAUUGAAAACCAGAUUCAAGAAAUUACCUACGAUGGCCAAGAGAUAUACCAAGCGCCAUUGUCUAUGUCAGAGAAUCUCGCCCGUUUAGCACAAAAGAUAGAUUUCUCUAAGACUGAUGAUGAGUUCUGUAACAUCAAGAAGGAAGGUGAAAGUAGUUCUGAUUCCAAGUCGGAGGAUGAAAAUAAAGAGCCUGGGUACCAGUCCAGUCUAUGGCCCUGGGAUUCUGUCAGAAACAAACUCAGAAAUGCACUCACUGAAGUUUGUGUGCUGGCUGAUGUACUUAGCAUUGCUAAAGAAAAAAGAUACAUGGUAUUAGACCCUGUUCAACCUGAACAAGUCGAAGGAAGACCAAUGGUCCAAGUUUAUGGAAGGAAGAAGGCCCUUGGUGCAGCUGCUGCAGUACUCCUUGCUGGUGUAGAGCGCCUCAGGGCCAGUGAGACUAUGAGGAUGACCCGCAAUAUGCCUGACUUCCACAUAGACCUGUUGAGGCUCCGUCAAAACUGGAGAUUAAAGAAAGUUUCUAAUACCAUUGUUGGGGAUCUCAGUUAUCGUACUGCUGGCUCUAAGUUCAGCCAAACUGGAGUUUUUGAGGUCACUAAAGCCCCAGAGGAACAGAUAGCUCAAGCUAUGAAUGCAGCGGGACCAGUACCAUCUGCUUUGCGUGUCACAGUCCCACCAGAACUACAGGGUGUGGCCUUCAUAUCUGUACUGUGUCAAAAAGAACAAGAAGAUGUAGUAACAGCUACACUGAGUUCGGCUGCUAUAAACUGCCCGGGGACACUGCCAGGCGAUGGCGCGGAACUCCACUGGCAGCAGAAGUUAGAGGCGGCUCAGAAUGUUCUCUUUUGUAAAGAGCUGUUCGCCAGAUUAGCGGCUGAAGCAGUGCAGCUUGACGCUUCUAUACCUCACAUGGUCGUCGGCAAUCAGAUUAUGGCCACGGUUUUACCUGGGAUUCAGCUGUUGAUUGGACUCUGUCACAACAAUGGUCAAAAUAACAAUAAUGCUAACCCUGAAGGUGUCAAGCCUGAAAGUGCAACUGGGAAGUCGGACCACGACCACGUUCUGGAACAUUCUUUGCACCAGCUACUGCGAGCCGUGCAUCACGCUAACACCCAUCAUCCCUUCCCCCAUCCCGCCACAGGCCCACUAGGGCCUUCCAAACGCCGAUGCCUAGCAGGGCCUAUGGCAGCCGACCGCUACGAGUUGCUGGACAUGAGUAAGGAACAGUCCCUACUGGAACAAAUUAUACAACAGGCACAACACUUCUUUAUGCGAAGGCGUAGUGAAUACGUUCUUGACACUAUUGCUAAAGAGGUCAAAGACCCACUGAUUGUGUCACACUGGAAUGCUCUGAACAGCCCGACACAAUCAUGUGUAAAGAUCAAUAUUAUGGCUUAUGGAUAUGACGCCGUCUGCAGAACCUCGCUAGUUGUACAUGUUGGGGAGAAGACUCUCAAAUGCAUUUGCCGUGAUGGCAAAGUGAGGCAUUUAUCUUAUGAAUUGCAAGAACUAAGAGAUCUCAUUUACUGCCAGAUAUAUCAGCAUCAGAUGACUGCUGUACAGGCGGUUGGCCGAUGCAUGGGCUGGCAACUGUUAGCGAGCAGUUCUCACCUUGGUUCUGGCCCUGUAGAACCAUUGGGAAAUGCGUCCUCUUGUCUACUUGCAUCACCAAAUGGUGACCGGAUGAUUGCAAUAAGAUGUGAGCCAUCAGUUGGUAUUCAAGUAUUUAUAGCUCAAUCACCAAGAAAAGACUUCUUUACAAGUGAACUGGUUCAAGAUAAAAAAUGGGAACAUCUCGGAGGAGCCUUCAAAGAAAUUAAGUUAGAGAAAAUGGAAGGAAAAAACUUUUUGAACAAAAUGGAAUUACUCAUGGCGUGUCUCAGCAGUCCAUCAUAAUUGAAUACAAAUUAAGAUCUUUAGUGGAUAAGAAUAAUUUUUGUGAUGUCAUUUUGUAUGGACAUAAUAAAAAAUCUAAAUGAAUUAUA